CUUUUGAUAGCUCUAAACUUUAGGGUAUUGGUUGAAUUUAUCUGUUCCACCUAACUAAAUUAAUACCAACCAAUUCCAAGCUUUAAUAUAAUAAUGUUUAUCUUUUGAAUUAUCAAAGUAAAUAGGUAAAUCUUAUUUUUAAUGCACCUAAGUGAAAGUAUUUUGUUGGAAAUAAUAUUACAAUUACAUACAGUUCGAGAUUUAAUAUUUAUUUGCUAAUUAUAAUUAAAUAUUUUCCUUGGUUAGGAUUUGCUUGCCUUCAUACAUUGGGAAUAUCAGUUUGUUCAUUAAUCCCUUUUUUCUUUCUCUUUAGGAAGUGCUUAGGAAAAAUAAUAACUCUGAAACUAAUAAUUUUGAUUUUCUAUGUUUGCAGUGACGGACGUCUUCAUGAAGGUGACCAGAUAUUGGCUAUCGAUGGCCAACCACUGGACUCAAACAUCUCGCACCAGCAGGCGAUCUCUAUCCUGCAGAAGGCAAGAGGACUUGUUGAGCUUGUUGUAGCUCGAAGUGAGGAUCAACAGCCAUCCUCCUUGACACCUUCUCCAUCGCCUUCUGCAGUUAGUGAUUCGUCAAAAGCUGGUUCAGACAUGGUGUUAAACACUGAAUGGGCCCAAGUUGAAGUGAUUGAUCUCAUUAACGAUGGCUCAGGUUUAGGAUUUGGAAUCAUUGGAGGACGAAGCACAGGUGUUGUAGUCAAGACAAUCCUUCCGGGUGGUGUUGCAGAUAGGAAUGGACGGCUACAAAGUGGGGACCACAUCUUGCAAAUUGGCGAUGUCAAUCUUCGCGGAAUGGGUUCAGAGCAAGUGGCAGCAGUGCUUCGUCAAUCUGGAAGCCAUGUUCGAUUGGUUGUUGCCCGUCCAGUAGAACCAACAUCUCCUGAUUAUCAAGCUCUCGGUUCACAUGCUCCUAUCGUUCCUACUAAAAUUCUUGCAGAUCCAGAAGAACUUGAUAGACAUUUGGUUCAAAAUGGAUAUCCUCAAGUAACUUAUAACACUUCAACUCCAAAUGUAGAACCUUUUGACAAUCCUUUCAUGUUCCAUCAAGAAGGAGAGCUUCAAGUAAGAGAACAAGAUCCAAGACACCUUGUGGAUGUAAUACCUGGCUUGACACCACCAUUAUUGCCACUUCUGACUAUGGAUAUGCUGCCUUUAGAUACCCAGCUACCUGAAAUGGAGAGAUUCACUGUUGAGCUGAAAAAAGAUAUUCAGGGUUUAGGAAUCACCAUUGCUGGCUAUGUUUGUGAAAAAGAGGAAUUAUCGGGAAUAUUUGUUAAAAGUAUAAGUGCUGGAAGUGCUGCUGACCUCUGUAAGAAAAUACAAGUUAAUGAUCGAAUCGUAGAGGUUGAUGGACAAUCUCUGCAAGGUUAUACUAACCAUGAUGCUGUUGAAGUUUUAAGAUCUACUGGUAUGACAGUACGACUGAGUUUGGAAAGAUAUUUAAGAGGUCCAAAGUUUGAGCAGUUACAACAAGCCAUUGCCAACAGUGAACUCAAGCCUCCCACUCCUUCAUCUCCUUCUGCUGUAUCUCUUCCACGUUUUCCUAUAAGUGUUGAUGGUGAGUCUACUGAAAUUGAAGUUGAAGGUGAAUCUAUAACAACUAUUGAUUCUGUAAUCUUAAACGAAGCUAGUAAUCCAGAUGUUGAAGUAGAUGAUGUUGAUAUUUUAAUAGAUUCUGAGUAUGAAGGACCUUUAAAACCAGCAGUUGAAGCAGCUAUCAAGAAAAAGUGGUCAGAAAUAAUGGGACCAGAUGUAGAAAUAGUUGAACACCAUUAG